UGAUUCGUACCCAAAAUCACGAACCGCAUCAAUUGCGCCCCAUGAUACGUCAACCAUUUAAUUCGGCCCUUGGCCGCACGAGGGCUGAUCUCAGCCGAGUGAAGGAGGGAAUCGCGGCCUCUCUCCGCGCCUUCUCCACCGCCCAACAACUCGCCGCAAACCCUACAGACAACAACGGGAAUCACGGUAGCCCACAACCGACAGGGAGACAACGUGCCGCAGCAGCCGUCUCGGACCUCUUCGAAUUGAGUAGAGGAGGAAGAGGGAGAUCCUCGCCGGGACCAGCCCCAGAAAAACCAGAAAGCGCCUUCAAAAAAAUCAACUCGCGGGCCGAACACGACCCGAUCACAGUCCCCAAAGCUACAUUAUCAGGUAGCAACCCCAAUAUCAUUCGCGGCGGCUUGCGAGGCGGAAUAAGAGGCAGAGGAAGGGGAGGUUUUAUGCGAGGUGGCGCGGGACUUGGAGGUCGCGGAGGUGGUCGUGGUCGUGGCCGUGGCGGCGGCGGAGGCGGAGGCGGAGGCGGAGGUCGAGGAGGAAGACGUGGAAAAGAUGGUGAAGAUGCCGAUGACAGCACUGAUGUCAAGGAAGGGGCUUGGUCCGCUGAAGUCCUAGCCAUGCGCGAAGCGAAGGAGAUUGGAUCGAGUCACGACUUCGACCCGACGAUCUCGAGGGAGGACCUCGCGGGCUGGGGCCCCGCCGUACCAACCACCGGCUCACGCUCCGCCAAAGACGACACGGUGAUACGGCAGGCGCGAAUCCUCGGCGGCGGCCGACAAUUCGAGCCGACCAACAUAAUGGCUUCAUCGGACAUGUGGAAGCAGUAUACCUUGGGCAGCGGAGUGUUCUUCCCGAGCCUGGAGAUGAAGAAGCGUUCGGCCGAGUUGAUGGGCCUGGAGUCUUUCCCGCCCUUGCCGAAGGAGACGAAGGAUGCAGUGCUUCAGAGCGCCCUGCUGGGCACGUAUCAGGGCCCUGAGUACGUCGAGCUCAAGGAUACGUUGGGUACUGUAUAUAAUUAUGUCAGGAGGGACGCCUCGUGGAGUGCGGAUGCGCAGCGGCGAAUUGAGGAGAAGGUUAGGAGCUUGUUACCUGGUGGCAACACUGUGCCUGCUGCGAAGGCUGCUGGCGCUUCGAGGUGAUAGAAAGUCAUGACGAGAAUAUGCACUGAAGACGUGGGAUAGACACCAAAAAUGGUCAUCUGUCUUUACGGGACGCCAGAUUUUAGUUCUAGCCGUCACUGUAUUAUACCAUUUAUAUAAAAAUGAGAGAUGCUUGCUAUAUAA